CGUUUCAAUAUGUGUAAAAAGUAAACAAAAAAUCAGUCCUCGUCGAUUGCAGAAGUUAAAACCAUGAAAAUCGCACGAUACAAAAAGGCGCAACGAGCAUUAAGCUUCUACAAAAACAAUUUCAAGUUCAGAGAACCAUUUCAAAUAAUUGUCGACGCAACAUUUUGUCAGGUCGCUCUACAGUUUCAGAUCGAUAUCAAUGAGCAACUGCCGAAAUAUUUACAGUCUGAGUUGCGGCUGGUGACUACACAAUGCAUCAUAAUGGAAGCGGAGAGUUUGGGACCACAGAUUCAAGGCGCCACACAAAUUGUGAAAAAGUUUUUGGUUCACAAGUGUGGCCACGACAAAAAACCGAUAUCUGGAGCUGAUUGUAUGCUGGCAAUGAUCAAAGGCAACAACUACAUCAUAGCCACUCAAGACCGAGAUUUACAAGACAAAUUACGCUCGAAACCCGGACAACCAAUCAUGUAUCUGCAUAAACGGACACCAGUGCUGGAACAACCGUCUGAGGCGAGCCGAAAGUCGUCCGAUAAGAAAAUUGGCAAGACAGUCAAUUUCGGAGAGGUCGAUGUGAAUAAGUUAAAGGCAAUGAAAAGGAGUGAAGGUGUCGAAGAUACGGAUGCAGUACCGGUGAAAAAGAAGAAAUUCAAGAAGAAACAACCGAAUCCACUGUCCUGUAAAAAGAAGAAGAAGAAAGGUGCCGAGGGAGUGGGGAAAGGUAAUGAUUUGUCGGGUGUCAAGGAUAAACUGAUCGCGAAGAAACAACGCUCGAGGAGUAGAAAGAAAACGCCGAAACAUGUUAAAGAGCACCUGUUGUCGUUGAAUAAAAAUUGAAUGUAAAAUGGUAA